UAAAAACAUGUGGAAAGUCGUUACAGUUUGCUUGUUGUUAAUCGGUUUGGUACAAUCGAACAAACGUCAGUUUCCUCAGUCGCCAACGUAUCCGUCAGCAGUGAGUUUCGCUGACAGAGUGGAUUUUUACGAUAACGUGGACGUGCCCGUACCUUACUACAACAAAAUUUUGGAUCCACGGUUAGUGCCUUAUCCCUACGUAACGAAUCACGGAUAUGGCAUAAAUCAUAGAGGCUAUGCAAUUCAUCCACCGUUUGCCUCUGGCUACAAUUAUGUUAUUCAAAACAAAUACGAUGCUCCCAACAUUAACAAAAACAUGAACAAUCUGGAAAACAGAGAAUACAUCCCGAGGAUCAAUGGGCAAGGCCCAGAAAAUAUUUUAAACUCCGACCGUUUUCCCAAAAUUAACUUCAAUCGAGGAGAUGGCCAAACUUCAUCCAGGAAAGACAUGCUAAACUGAAAUGUGAAUUAAUAUAUUAUUUAUGUGUAAUUUAUAUGUGUAGAAAGGAAUAGAGUUAGAACAAUUAUGUAUGUUAAUUAAUAAAACUCAAAAAUUCAAUCAAUACAUAUUAUCUAUUUUGUAUAAGUAGAUGGCAAAUGUACAUGUAAUAUAUUGUCUAUACUAUAAAUAAUUAUCAAUAUUAAAUAAUAACUAAUGGCCUAAACUAAUUCCUCCGUAACCACCACCCAAUCCAGCUCCUCCUGAAACACCUAUUCCUGCUCCUAAGCCGCCUCCUAGACCUGCCCCACCAUAUCCAGCCCCACCAGAGUAUCCACCACUUAAACCAACUCCAUUUAUUCCUAAAACAUGGAUACGUUUGGUAUGUAUUUUAACAUGAUUUAUUAUUUAAUACCCAAUCCGUGUGUGCUCACUGCAACACCAGGAGAGGAAACUGCAACUUGAGUCACAUGAGGAGUGGCGACUGCAACGGGGGUUGAAACUGCGACUGGGGUAAUGGAAGAGACAGUUCUUACUGCGGUUGGGUUUACGACGUCCACUCUGGAUUGACUACUGGUGGCAGUAGGAACGUGA